CAUGUGGAAGAGCGCGGGGCGGCCCUGGAGGCGGCGUCGGGUACUCGGGAUUCAGCGAGGAUUUCUGGGGAGAGCAAUAGAGACGCGGCCUGAGCUAGAAGGGCUGGAGCGGAGGCAAAAAAAUAAGGAGAUCGGUGGAUCGAGUGGCUAGAGAGGUCGGAGGUAAGUGGCUGUAGGCAUCAGGCGGACCCGGAACACAGACGCCUCGGGACCAUGACUUACGCGUACCUCUUCAAGUACAUCAUCAUCGGAGACACAGGUGUGGGGAAGUCAUGUCUCCUCCUGCAGUUCACCGAUAAGCGGUUCCAGCCUGUGCACGACCUCACAAUAGGUGUGGAGUUUGGAGCCCGUAUGGUCAACAUUGAUGGAAAACAAAUCAAACUACAAAUCUGGGAUACGGCUGGGCAAGAGUCCUUCCGUUCUAUCACCCGUUCCUACUACAGGGGAGCAGCUGGAGCACUGCUGGUGUACGACAUCACAAGACGUGAAACCUUCAACCACCUGACCUCAUGGUUAGAGGAUGCCCGCCAGCACUCGAGCUCAAACAUGGUCAUAAUGCUGAUCGGAAACAAGAGUGAUCUAGAGUCCCGAAGGGAUGUGAGAAGGGAGGAGGGAGAGGCCUUUGCUCGGGAGCACGGCCUUGUGUUCAUGGAGACCUCAGCCAAGACAGCCUGCAAUGUUGAAGAGGCCUUCAUUAACACAGCCAAAGAAAUAUAUAGGAAGAUCCAGCAAGGCUUAUUUGAUGUCCACAAUGAGGCAAAUGGCAUCAAGAUUGGGCCCCAACAGUCAAUUUCAACAUCAAUGGGGCCAAAUUCAUCUCAGCGGAACUCUUGUGAUGUAGGCUCUGACUCUGGCUGCUGCUGAACAUCUGGCCUGAACUCUUUUUUUUCUUUCCCCUCCUGGAACAGCUUCAGAUCAAUCAGCUUAAAGAAAGAGGUCUUACUUGCUUUGGCUGAGAGCAGCCUCUUUUCAGUGUGCACUGCUUGACCCUUCACUUAAAACACCAGGAGAAUCCGGGCCCUUACUAACCUGUCUGCCAUUAGGGACAUGAGCAUCCCAUGUAGAUCAGGGCUCUGAAUUCUAAGAUGUUAGGAUCAAAGUUGAUUGUCACAGUAAUUAAAAAAUAAACAACUUACUAAGUAUCCACAUCUGUUUGUUAGGUAUGGUGGCACAUACCUGUAAUUCCAGCACUCAGGAUUUUUGACAGGAGGAUCACCAGGAGCUUUGAAGUCAGUCUGGGCUACAUAAGUAUUACCAUGCCAUCCAUGGCUAUAUAAUAUGAUCUUGACUCAAAAGGCCAAAAAGAAAAAAGAAAGAAAAAAAAAUACAUACAUCUGUUCCUCACCUAAUUUUUAGUAGCUAGAGUGAAGGAUGUUCUGACUGAACAUUUAGGACUAAGAAUCUGGAUAACUUGGAUGAUAUCUCUGUACAUAGUAAUUUAUCUCCUUGUCUUCGAAACCUGCUUGUCAUUUCAUAGGAGUUCCUAUAGAAGCUGGCUGCGUCUGUACUGUCUCAUUCCUGGUUUCUUGUUAUUUAUUGUGUGCAUAUAUACCCUUAAAUAUCACUCCUCUGGAGCCCACCACAUUGGUUUGUGAGAGAACAUCUCUCACAGGAACCUGGAGCUGCAUGAUAAGUGAGGCUAGCUGCCCUUUCUCAUUGCCAGUUCCUGUGUCUUAACCACGGAACUUUGAGAGCAGCAGAACUGGUACUGGACCUGUAGCCGCAUCUCUUACCUAAGAAAAUAUUCAUUUUUCGUUUUGUGUCGGGGACCAGUUCUAGCAUUACAGUUUCUUUCACCAAAUUGAUCUCUACUGCCUCAGUUUUUGUCUUGGCUUGUGAGUGAGUGUGUAUAUCUGAGUGUGUGUAUGGGGGGGGUUAGAGAGCUAGAGAUCACAUCUAGGUUUUUUUGGUUUUUGUUUUUUUUCCGAGACAGGGUUUCUCUGUGGCUUUGGAGGCUGUCCUGGAACUGGCUCUUGUAGACCAGGCUUGUCUCAAACUCACAGAGAUCCACCUGCCUCUGCCUCUAUAUCUAGGUUCUUAAACAUGUUAGGUAAGUGCUGUACCACUGAGCUAUACCCUCAGGAGCCUUCUCUUUUACUUUUUGUUUUGAGGCAAGUUGCCUAAGCUAGCCUUGAACUUGCAGGCCUUAAACUUGGAAUCCUGAUGUCUCAGAUUUCCAGGUGACUAGGCAUACUCCUAACCAGAUCUAUUAGACUUUUACUCUAAUCAAGCUAAUUGUCUUACUGAAUAUGACAUAUUUAUUCCAACUUCUAUACCUUUGCACAUGUUCUACCCUCUAACAUAGUAGUUUUUUUGUUUUGUUUUGUUUUGUUUUCUUGUAGGAAAUCCUCAUUGAGAACCUAGGGAGUUCUAAGAAGUUAUUAACACAGUAUCUCUUAGCAUUCCUAUCUUGGUUAUUCACAUGUGUAUUCAUUUAUAUGGGUUUUACUUUGUAAAUAUAUUUUGUAGGGUUCUUCUGUGUGUGUGUGUGGGUGGGUGGGUGUCUGUCUCAUAUAGGAUGUAAGCUCUAUGAGAGCAGGGUCUAUGUCAUUUCCAAUCCAUCACAGCAUUCUUUACUGUACCCUGUGCAACCCAUGAUCUUGAAUUUGAAUGACAUGAUUUAAAACUUAAGGCCUUCGAGCCACGUCUUUGUAAUUGCAUCUCAGUUCCCCAUCUGCUUGUCCUGGGUCUCUAUUGCUCCUCUCUCCUGCUUCACUGUAACUUACUGCCCUCCCCUCUGUGCAGCAGACAGUAAGAACGCCUGCUAUCAAGAUUCAAAUCCGUAGAUGCUCCUUAGAACAUAUGCUGUUUCAGCCCAGUUUGCCGCUGCUUCGCCCAUCAGACCACUUGCUGGGACAGUGGCUGUCUCUUUCUUUCACAGCACUGAGCUCUCACCAACUUUUCUAAAUUGUAUUGUUAAUGACUGUUUUACUAUUAAAUAUAUGCAUGAUCCAA